GGGGUUUGACCUCUCUUGAGUGCUGACCACUUCUCACAUUUUACAGAUGACUUCUCUUCCUUUUUUUUACUCCGUAUUUAAUUAACCAAAUUUCUUCUUUCUUUCGUUAUUUUCUCUCUCCUACCAACCACCUUCUUCCUGUCUGUCCUAAUUAUCAAAUCAAAUUUCCUAUAAAAUUCUCCAUUUCUCAUUUACAGGUUUAUCCACUUUUCCAUUACCUCAUUUCCAGACUUUUUUUUUUCUUUUCUUUCUUCUAGAAAAACACACAUUCAUUUUCUGGGUAUUUUCUUCUAAAUUUCAACAAUUUUAUUGAUUAUUUAUUGGGGGGAAGAAUUCCAGGUUGUAUUUUUGAGAUCCGCAUUUUUUUUUCUUGUACAAAUAUUCUUCAUUCUUAAUUUCAUUCAAUUUCCUUUGCUUCCCUUCAAAAUCAUUAUAAUUUAUUUUACCGGGAAUUUCUUAUAAUUCAAAACCCUUUUAAAUUGAUCGAAUUCAUAUCUUUCUGGGUUUUCAAGUUUCUGAAUUGGGGUUUUUUGUUAGAUCAUUUUGACCCUAAAUUGUUGAAUUUUUCUGGGAUAAGUUGCAAUUUUUCUGGGUAUUUCUAAUUUCGUUGAUCAUAAAUGGGGAAUUGCUGUAUUAGGCCAAAUGGGGGUGAAGAAGUUGAGAAAAAGAGAGGGAAAAAAACGAGGGAAAACCCUUUUGCAACUGAAUACAAAUAUGGAGGUUCAAAAUUGGUAGUUUUGAAAGAACCAACAGGAAAUAAUAUUGAGGAGAAUUAUGAACUAGGUAGAGAGCUUGGUAGAGGUGAAUUUGGUAUAACAUAUUUAUGUACUGAUAAAUUAACUGCAGAAGUUUAUGCUUGUAAAAAGAUAUCGAAAAAGAAGCUUAGAACUGCAAUUGAUAUUGAGGAUGUUAGGAGGGAAGUUGAAAUUAUGAGGCAUAUGCCUAAACACCCUAAUAUUGUGACCCUUAAGGAUACUUAUGAGGAUGAUUAUGCUGUCCAUUUAGUCAUGGAAUUGUGUGAAGGAGGCGAGUUGUUUGAUCGAAUCGUUUCAAGGGGGCAUUAUACCGAAAGGGCGGCUGCUAUUGUUUUGAAAACCAUUGUUGAAGUAGUUCAGGCAUGCCACAAGCAUGGUGUGAUGCAUCGUGACCUGAAACCCGAGAACUUCCUUUUCGGAAAUAAGAAGGAAACAGCCCCUCUGAAAGCAAUAGACUUUGGGCUCUCAGUAUUUUUCACUCCUGGAGAAAGAUUUAAUGAAAUCGUGGGGAGCCCGUACUAUAUGGCCCCUGAAGUUCUUAAAAGGAAUUACGGCCCUGAAGUAGAUAUUUGGAGUGCCGGAGUUAUCCUUUACAUUUUGCUAUGUGGUGUUCCACCUUUUUGGGCAGAAACUGAGCAAGGAGUAGCACAAGCAAUUAUUAGGUCUCUAUUAGAUUUCAAGAGAGAUCCUUGGCCUAGAGUUUCUGAUAAUGCAAAAGAUCUUGUGGAAAAGAUGCUUGACCCUGAUCCUGCUCGCCGACUUACUGCUCAGCAAGUUUUAGAUCAUCCUUGGUUGCAGAACAUCAAAAAGGCACCUAAUAUUUCUUUGGGUGAAACAGUGAAAGCUAGACUUAAACAGUUUUCUGUAAUGAAUAAGCUCAAGAAAAGAGCACUAAGGGUUAUUGCUGAGCAUUUGUCAGUGGAGGAAGUUGCCGGAAUCAAGGAAGGAUUUGCAUUGAUGGACACUGGGAAGAGGGGGGAAAUUGGAAUUGAUGAAUUAAAAUCCGGAUUGCAUAAGCUUGGUCAUCAGAUUUCAGAAGCGGAUCUCCACAUUCUAAUGGAUGCUGGUGAUGUAGAUAAAGAUGGAUUCUUGAAUUAUGGAGAGUUUGUAGCAAUAGCUGUUCAUCUAAGGAAAAUGGGCAAUGAUGAGCAUUUGCAGAAAGCUUUCUUAUUUUUUGAUCAAAAUAAAAAUGGGUAUAUCGAGAUAGAGGAGUUGAGGCAUUCUCUAGCUGACGAACUUGAUGACAAUAGCGAAGAAGUUAUAAAUGCCAUUAUGAGAGACGUCGAUACAGAUAAGGAUGGACGAAUAAGUUAUGAAGAGUUUUCUGCAAUGAUGAAAGCCGGAACAGAUUGGAGGAAAGCCUCAAGGCAGUAUUCACGAGAACGAUUUAAUAAUCUCAGCUUGAAAUUAAUUAAGGAUGGUUCAUUGCAAUCGGCUAAUGAGGGAAGAUAACCCUUGGUGUGGUUAUUAGAAGAGAUUUUGGUUUUCUUCAAGUUCUUUCAUUCUUGUUAGUGUUGUUUUGCUUUCAUGAAUUGAGAUUCCCCUCUGUUUUUGGAAGAUCGCGAUAAGCACUUAUGAAGCCUAGCUAGGGCGUGCCUGACAUACAAAACAUAUGUUUUGGUGUUCUCAUUUUUUUGUGGAACAGAAUAUCGAGUGAGCGUUUUUCUUCUUCUUUUCCCCAUUUUUCUUGUAAGGGAGGAGGGGGGAGAUUGUGCUGAAAGUGAUGCAUGCAAAUUCGAAAAAAAAAAAUCUCCAAUUUUCGAUGUAAAUACAUGUAAUUUUCUCAAAAAUCACAAAUCUUAAAUUCAUAAAUCAUAAUCCUGAUUUUUACAGGUUAAAUGAUAUUUAUUGUUAUAUACUUGUGUAGAUGUUCUAGUUAUAUAGAAAUAUCAAUUAUAUCAUAUUUAAAUAGAUUUGAUGAAGCAAUCUAACAGAAAAUCUUCAGCAACACAAGACCUGGCAUUGUGCAGUUGGAAUUAUGAAAUUGACAAAGAUAUGUUGAAAUUUCAAUAUAAACGUGUUGGCUCGGCAUUGGCGAUAUAUUAAUCAUAUCAUUACAUUACUUUGUUUAUUAUAUUGUUGAGCUUAAUAAUGGUGCACAUGUAAAUUGUAGCACAUUAGAGUAGAAUAAAUAUGGGAGUAAUCUGUUAUAUAUGAUGAUCUAUUCAAGUUUGGAGGGUUACUCUUUUUGACUAUUGGUUUAGUGAUAGGACUCCCUCCACUUGAGCUUUUGUAACUUGUAAGUCAUCCCAACUUUUCUCUUUUGUGAGUUGGCUUUGAGGUUGGCUUCUUAAUUAUGUAGCUGUAUAUUUAUAGGCAUUAAUCA